UGCAUUGUAUAACCUGCCAUGUGAACAUAUCACUGAUACUCAAAGGCAAUGCAAAAAAAUAAGAUGGAAUACAUUGAGAGGGAAGGAGGCACUGGCACAGCCUAGUGUGUGAAUGUAUGUGUUGUAAAUGUGAGCUGCCUUCUCUGUUCUCUGUUCCUUUUCCCAGAGCCCGAGACAAUGAGUGGGUCAGAAAGUGAGAGUGGGAGUGAAAGCGGCUCUGGUUCUGGCAGUGAAGAAGAGGAUGAGGAUGAUGAGGACGAGGAAGAGAGUGAAGACCAAUCAGAAGAGAAAGAGGAGAAGAAAAAGAAGAGAAAGGAGGCUCCAAGGAAAGGCUCACUGGAUAGUGCUGGGAGUGAGGCAGAGCAAGAAAAAGGCAAGAAAAAGCAGCCACUGCGGGAAGGGAAAAGGGGCUCUGAAUCCUCAUCUGAGGAGGGCAGCCUCACAGAGACCAGCUCAUCAGAGUCUGAAUCUGGGUCCGAAGCAGAGGAAUCACCUGCAGAGAAGGAGGCAAAGAAGAAAAUG